AAACGUGCAGCAGUCGCACUUGCGGUCCAUUUCGUCAGAUUUUUUCAUCAUUUGUCCUUCGGUGCCGGGCGGCUUGUAAAAUACAAAUUAUUGCUGCAAUUCCUCAAAUUUGUCAAAUUGAUCAAAAUGUUGAAAGCCUUAAGAAAUUCUAGCAUUUACUGCAAUAAAUCUUUCAUUAAAAGUGUCAAUGGAUCCAGAAGUAUUGCUACACAAGUUCGCCAAAAGGCAGUACUUUCUUUGCUUUCCAAAAAUGGUCUUCAAAAACGUUAUAAGUCUGAUACUGUUAAAGGAAGUGUAAUUGGUAUAGAUUUAGGAACCACCAACUCUUGUGUUGCUAUUAUGGAAGGAAAAACACCAAAAGUAAUAGAAAAUGCUGAAGGUUCUAGAACAACGCCAUCUGUUGUUGCUUUUACUGCCGAUGGCGAAAGGUUAGUUGGAAUGCCGGCCAAAAGACAGGCUGUUACAAAUGCUGCCAACACACUUUCUGCAACAAAGCGCUUGAUUGGUCGCAAAUUUGAAGAUAAAGAAGUUCAAAAAGAUUUAAAAAGUGCUCCUUUCAAAAUUGUAAAGGCAUCAAAUGGAGAUGCAUGGCUUGAAGCUCAGGGGAAAAUGUACUCGCCUAGUCAAAUUGGUGCCUUUAUUUUAAUAAAAAUGAAAGAAACUGCAGAAAGCUAUCUUGGUCAACCUGUAAAGAAUGCAGUAGUUACUGUUCCUGCCUACUUUAAUGAUUCUCAAAGACAGGCUACUAAAGAUGCUGGACAAAUAUCUGGCCUCAAUGUGUUACGAGUAAUAAAUGAACCUACUGCAGCAGCAUUGGCAUAUGGCAUUGAUAAAACAGAUAAAAUCAUUGCUGUUUAUGAUUUAGGAGGUGGAACUUUUGACAUUUCUAUACUUGAAAUUCAAAAAGGAGUUUUUGAAGUUAAAUCUACCAAUGGCGAUACAUUCCUAGGUGGUGAAGAUUUUGAUAAUGCUUUAGUAAAUUACCUCGCUAAAGAGUUUAAGAAAGACCAAGGCGUUGAUCUUUCCAAAGAUACCAUGUCCAUGCAAAGAUUGAAAGAAGCUGCUGAAAAAGCCAAAAUUGAAUUAUCUUCAUCUGUACAAACUGACAUCAAUCUGCCAUAUUUAACUGUGGAUCAAAGUGGACCAAAGCAUAUGAACAUGAAGUUAACCAGGGCCAAGUUUGAAUCUUUGGUUGCAGAUCUGAUUAAAAGAACUGUUGAGCCUUGUAAAAAAGCCAUCACUGAUGCAGAUGUAAAAAAGACUGAUAUUCAGGAAGUAAUAUUAGUUGGUGGAAUGACAAGAAUGCCAAAAGUUCAAGAAAUGGUACAAGAAAUAUUUGGAAAAGUACCUAGCAAAUCUGUCAAUCCUGAUGAAGCAGUUGCAGUUGGUGCUGCAAUCCAGGGUGGUGUUUUAGCUGGAGAUGUAACAGACGUGUUAUUGUUAGAUGUAACUCCUUUAUCUCUUGGCAUUGAAACACUUGGUGGAGUCUUUACUAAACUUAUUACUAAAAAUACAACUAUUCCAACUAAAAAAAGUCAAGUCUUCUCCACUGCAGCUGAUGGUCAAACUCAGGUUGAAAUAAAAGUUUUCCAGGGUGAGAGAGAAAUGGCUCUUGACAACAAAAUUCUUGGGCAGUUCUCUUUGGUUGGAAUACCACCUGCUCCCAGAGGUGUACCACAAAUUGAAGUAACCUUUGAUAUUGAUGCUAAUGGUAUAGUUCAUGUGUCUGCUAGAGACAGAGCAACUGGAAAGGAACAAAAUAUUGUAAUCCAGUCUUCUGGUGGCCUUAGUAAAGAUGAAAUUGAAAAUAUGAUUAAAAAUGCUGAAAAGUAUGCUGAAGAAGAUAAAAUUAAAAAGGAAAGAGUGGAAGUUGUUAAUCAAGCAGAAGGCAUUAUUCAUGAUACAGAAUCUAAAAUGGAAGAGUUUAAAAGUCAGUUACCUGAAGAAGAGGUUACCAGUAUUAAAACUAAAAUUGCUGAAGUAAGACAGUUAAUAUCAAAUAAAGACAAUGAAAAUCCUGAAACAAUGCGCAAAGCAAUGCAAGAAUUACAGCAGGCGUCCUUGAAAUUGUUUGAAGCUGCCUAUAAAAAAAUGGCUAGUGAAAAGCAAUCUAGUGAAUCUUCAAGUGACAGCAGCAACACAAGCAGCGACAGCAAUGCAAGCAGCUCCUCGGAGGAAGCACAAAAGAAAGAGGAGAAAAAUUAAUUUUUGAGACAAAGAUUUUUCUUAAGACUAUAGCUGGCUAUAUGUAAAUCAUAUUUGCUUGUGUUUUGCAUUGUACAACAACGACCAACAGAUUUCCUAAUAUGGAUGUUGAUUUACAGCAAGUAUCACAUGCAUUGUAUCAUAGCUCAUCAUUAUGUAGAUAAAAAAUAUCUAAACAAUUUGUUAUUCAUAA